GCGAUGCCGCGUGAGCUGUGGACUCUCUGCAGUCUAGGGGGAUGUGGCCACCCUCCUGCAUAGGCCAGUCUCCAGGAGGUGACCAAGCCCAGCGUGGGAAUCCUCCAAUAGCACCAGUGUUGGGGCUGCUUCCCUCUAGCUGAGCAGUUCUUUCCUUCAGAUGACUGAGAACCAGGGAGGGAGGUGGACCUGGGUAUCUCCUCUCCCGUGGUCCCAGGAUGGUGGACUCCUCAGUGGCAGAUCAGAUGACUCGAUUGACACUGAAACUCUUGGAGAAGAAACUGGAGCAAGAGCGUGAGAAUGUGGAAGGGGAUUCUGAGGAUGCCCACCUCAUGCCAGGAAACAGGGACAAGCUGGACGCACCCCUGCAGAGUGCUCUGCGGAGGAGGAAGGACCUUCUUCAGAAACUCUGGGAACAUCACCUCCUGGAAGAGCUCUCUCGUGCUCAGGCCUGGAGCGAGCGAGCCCCUGGGUCAGGGAUCCCCCAGGAAGUGCCCCCUGGGGGCAUCUACCCUGCAGCCUCCCCACCUCCACUGGCCCUGGAGCCGCCACGGAUCAUCCAACACUCAGUCCCCCAGCCUCCUGCCACUAUCAUUCAGCAGCUGCCUCAGCAGCCACUCAUCACACAGAUUGCCCCACCCCAGGCCUUCCCCACUCAAAGGUCAGGAAGUAUUAAGGAAGACAUGGUGGAACUGAUGCUGAUGCAGAACGCACAAAUGCACCAGAUCAUCAUGCAAAACUUGAUGCUCAAAGCCCUACCCCCAUCAGCGCUCACGGCCUCUGGAGGACCACAGGCUGCCUCCCUGCACCCCACCCCACAGGUUGGCAUCCGACGGCAUCCCAACCACACAGGCUCCAGGCCUGUGACCCCCACGAUCAGCUCUGACAAGCAGCAGGGUCCUUGUUCUCCCACCGGGCGCAGUCGGGGUCCCUGGAUGCUGGACUCUGAGGAUCAUGAGGAAAUGCAGGGCUUUCAUCAGGAAAGACGGCUCAGGAGCCAUAGGAGAAAGAUCGAUGGAUUUAGUCACAUAAAAUCUUAAACUUUCCAAUGGGAAAAAUACCAUAAACACGGUCAAAUAGAUUGAUAACUGGGAAAUGUGUCUGCCAUAGUGUGGCAGAGGGAGAGGCUCCCGUUAAAGUGGAGGAAGCUGCAGGGCAUGAACUGACGUGACUUCUGUUGAUGUCUGCGGAUAGAUCUGAACAUGGGUCUGCACAGCUUAUUUCCUAGAAAUAAAUACGAGAAGCUAAACACGGUUCUUGUGCAGAUGGGCUGCAGGAGGGGCUUCCUCUGUCCCAGUUGUUCUCUCUGGUGGUCGGGUCUCUGACAUGAAUACGUAAACAUUACUCUUUCUGUAAUUUUUGUUACUUUUUUUUCUGUGGAAUUAUGGUUUUAAUGCUGUUUUAAUAUUAUUUUCACGUAAAUGUCAUUUUUAAGUAUUAUGCAUGUUUUCACUGGCCCUUUUUGGGAUAAAUGAUCUCUUCCCUAAGUUCUGCACAAGCAGGAAUCCUGUCCCCUUGUUGCAUCGUUAGGCCCUCACAGGUUCUCCAGAGUGCUGGUCAGAGGAAGCAAGAUGGCGUCAGAGUUGCCAUCUGGCCGCACGCAAGCUCCCUCUGGGCUGACCCGGCUCUCCGGCAAGGUUGGGAGCCGUGAGAGUGACGUGUGCCCACAAGGGCGGGCUGGCCUGAGCACAGUGCAUGGGACAUCAAGUCUCUUGUUAAAUGUACCAAUUAAAGGUCUGACCUGAUUUCCUAUUUUCACGUUGACUUUA